UAGACAUCAGCUGGCUACUCGUAGUCAACGACCAGAUGAGUCCAUCAACGCCUUCGUCCACUCCCUGAAGAUCCUCUCCAAGGACUGUGAAUUCAAGCAAGUUACUGCUGACACUUAUACUGAAGAAGCAGUUCGCGAUGCCUUCAUCACCGGCCUUACCUCUCCUAACAUACGCCAACGCCUGCUAGAGAAGGAUUCGUUGACUCUUAGCGAAGCCAUACAACUCGCCAGAAGCCUCGACUCUGCCCAACGCAAUGCUGAAGAAUACUCGUCUCCUACUGUUCCAGGGAGUCUACCUACUGCUGCUCCCGUUAUCGCCACUACUGAUGCCGUCUCUGCUACGCCACUCAGCCCUACCUCGCAAACUUCUGCUGCUGCUGCUGCUGUUUCGAAGGUUGGAACGUGCUACUUCUGUGGAGGUAGGAGACACCUUCGGUCUCUUUGCCCUGCUCGUCAAUCUGAGUGUCGACAAUGUGGCAAGACGGGACACUUCGCCAAAGUCUGCAUGUCGCGAAAUGGUUGGAAAUCAAGAAGGAUCUCCUCUACUUCUGCUGCUGCGGCGCUGGCUUCGGAAUCACUCGCCCAACGCUGUGAUCACUGUGCUCAUAGUCCUGCAGAUGACUCUCCAGUACUGGCUUCUGUUAGUACUCCUCGAUGUUCCACCAUUCCUGAAAUCUUUUAACGGUCAUUCAUUACCAUCUUGGCUUACGUCGCCCGGACCAGUGUUGCUGCGGAAAUUCGUCCGCACCUCUAAAUCUGAUCCAUUAGUGGAAGAGGUCGACCUUGAGAGCGCGACACCUCAUUAUGCCCAUAUACGCUACCCGGACGGACGACAAUCUACGGUCUCCACUAAGGAUCUCGCUCCUACUCCAAGAGAUCCAAACCCAGUUCACGUGCCCUGUAGCAGGAGACCGCCGGAGUUACCAGUUCACGUACCAGUGACCCCCACUUCUGAUGAGUGUACUACCGAUCAAGACUCUGGGAGGAUCAACUACCCUACGCCUGAUAACAAGGAGUCUAAGGGCAUCACAGAUGACUGUACAGCUGAAACUCUUCUGCCACCCUCACCUACUAGAGUCGAACCUUUGAGGCGUUCGACCAGGGUUAGGAAGCCUCCCGAUAGAUUAGGAUAUUAGUGCUUUCUGAAAUGUUUGUGUAUGUGUGUGAGUGAGGUUACUUCAUUAAGAGGGGGAAAAUGUGGUGUUUACAUACUUUUAUGUACAAUUGUCGUUCGGGGUUCUUCUGGGUUCACACUUUGUUUUGAAGUUUCAUUAGGGUUUGUAAUGUUUCAUUAUGUUUCAUUUUGUUAUGUUUCUUUGUUUCGAUAUCUCGAACUUGUAUGUAUGUGAAGCUUCAUGUUAGUUUACUUCUUUGUGCUGGAUUAAUGCUGGGAUCAGUUCACUCCAGCUACUCGUCUUGUACAUAGCUCUGAUUACUGCUAAGUAAAGCCUUGAGAAGA